GCUAUAAUGGUCUUUGAUCAAACUUUGUGAGAAGCUUAAGGGUUUUUUGUUCAUGUAGGAAACAUCCUUUGAUGGGACAAAUCCUAUCAAACAGGGGAGGUGGGAGGGUUGUCUAUGGAGACAGUGCAUUGGAGCUAAAUCCUAUCAGUGGGAUGAAACAGGCUGCAAAAACAACCUCCUCUCCCCUUUUUAUGAAUGAACGCUGAGUCCCCGUGAUCCCACCAGCCAAUGAGCAGCUCUCACCUGCACCUCUUUGCAGAUCUGCAGCAACAAGAGGUCACUACACUUGAAAACGUGGAGGGAAGAGCAGCAGGCAUUCUGCAGCAGCUUCAGUCGGAUCAGUCAGGCCUUCACACGCACAGAGAUUUAUUAAAAAAAAAAAAAAAAAAAACGGGCUCGUUGUUCACAACAAAAUGAAAAACAGCAACACAGUAGCCGCGGAGAGACGCAUGGAUCUGGCUUCGCUCUUCUGCAUGAUCGGGCGACACGGUCCCGCCGUGGCUCUGGCUGUCAUAGCCAUGAUGUCCGUGCUGGCGGGUUUCGUCAUCUAUCGGACCGUGAGGGGGAAGCGGAGGAAGGCCACAGCCGCAGCCGAUGACGGUGACGACCAGAGCCCCCCCGGAGCGGAGAGAGACGCAUCGGUGAUCCAACCGAGCCCGGAGGAACCCCGCAGGUCCGCGGAGUCAACAGACAUAAACAAUGAAGGCUCCGAUAUGAAGGAGGCGGUUGAUCUGAUUCAGAGUGAUCUUGUAAUCAGGCACCGCCGGGCUGCUGCUGCUGUUGCUGCUGCUGCCGAGAAGAAACCUUCACCUUACUCUCCUCCUAAUAGUAACAUCCAAGUACCAGAAAACAAGAACACCACUUCAGAUGUCACAGAGGAAAUGGUAUUUGUACGGGCCUCUCACAAAGUAGCGGAGACGUAUGCAGAAGAAGCCAAUCAGGGUGAUACUUACACUGUGGCUAAAAUGGUGAUGAAGGAUAAUGUCGAUUGCCACCAGGGUGUAACAGAUGACGUUGUUGAGGAUGUGAUAGAAGCAGCCCAUGGUAAUGAUAGCUGCUUGAAGGAGCCUGAGCCAAUCAAUGAAGAGAAGGUGCUAAAAGCAGAAUGCCAGGAAAUUGAGGAUGUGAGCACAGAAAAGGAUGUUUUAGACAAGAAAACCAGACAAGAGGAGGAAAACUUUUUGCUUUGUGAUUUGAACAACCCAGUGUGCUUCGGACAAACCCAUCAUAUGAGUGAAAGGGGUGAUGAUGACAGACUUCAAGUUAAUAAAACCACAUUGGAGACAAACAGCAUUGAGUCCAACUCAGAGGAGCCUGCCAUUUAUAUGGAAGACGUACCUGACACUUGCAUCUGUUAUAGCAAAGAUGAGGAGCUUGAAAAGGAGGGAGAGAAAAAUGAAGAUGAGAGGGCAGAAGAGGAGUGUGUGGACAACCAGGUAAUUGCUCAGCAAGCUGAUGUGUGGUUCUCAACAAUUGAACAAGAAGAAGAAACAAAUCUGCCUUCUACACAGCAGGACCAGUGUGAUCAUAUGACGGACAACGUGGUGGCCUCUAUUAGGCAUAGUGACUGGGAUGAGGAUAUUGGUGUAGCUGGUGAAAUGAUUGAAGAAGUUGUAGAUAAGGAUCACUUGAACAAACCUACAGCUGUCGGAUGUGACACUCACUUGCCACAGUUUGACGAGCAAGAAGUGGCAAUUAAACAAAAGGCAGAAAACUGUCUCACAUGUAAUGAAGACGAUGGUGUUCUUUAUGAUUGUAUUGACCAAGAGAGAGACAGAAUGCUGAAUAGUGACAGCAUUGUUGCCUGUAGUGAAGAAUGUGGCAGUUCAAGUGUGGCACUGUCCUGUUUGAGCAUGCCCGUAAAGGUUGAUAAUCAUGACAACAUUCUGUCAGAUAUCACCACUGAUAUAAAAGUUAAAAUCUCAGGCAUCGCAGAUUCCCCUGACUUGUUGUUGGAUUGUCAACAGCCACAGAAAGAAGAUAAAAAAGUUCUUUCUCUGGAUGAAGACACUGAUUCUACUAUUCUUGGCAGUCAAAUGUCGUCACAUGAGACAAAAAAUCAGCCUGAAAACAACAAAAAUGGCAGCAACGUAAUGCUAGCUGAUGAGUUCAGUGACCAUGUCCAUGACCCUCAUAGUGAGUCUUACAAAGACCAACAAAGUGUACAGAUGAUAAGAAAUGAAGCUUUUGAGAAGGGAUGUGUUGCUGCUAAUCCUGAUGCAGUCGAAAUAACUGCUUCUGAAAAAGUUCAAGAAAUAUCUUUUCCUCACCCUCCAACCAUUCGUCAAGACGAACAAAGCCACAGCAUGGAAAAUGAUGAAACCUCUGACAAGACAAGAGUUCAUUCUGUCUCUGAUACAAAUGUUUGCCAUAUAGCUAGACUCACUGCACUUUUAAAGUCUGAAGAAAUAUCUCAUCCUGACAUGUUGUGCUCCACCCAAGACCAACAAAGUGACCACAUGAAUAAUAAUGAUUUUCCUGAAGUUACCACCAGUGCUGCUCCUCCUGACCUGACUGAAGACAUUAACCCUCCCAUAUACCAAAUUUACUUGUCAUCUUUUGAGCAAAGUGAGUGUAGGUAUAAUGAUUUAUCACCUCCUGCUGUUGGUGAAGAGAGUGGUAUUUCAAGCAUGGCUGUCAGCCCUGACUUCCAAGAUGCUUCAUAUGAUGUGGCCAUUGGUAAUAUGGUUCUUCCAGUGAUAGAUUGUUAUCAACAGGCUGAGGGACAGAUAGAGGCUCAAAACAGCCUUUUUGCUGAUGAUGUAGCUGUAUCUGUCAUGAAUGAAAAUACAGCAGGCAGAAUGUUUGGGCCUUAUCUGUCACGUCACUCCCAGGAACCCAACUGUGAGCAAACAGAUUGGGCGAAGUAUGAAUCAUUUGCAGCCAAUGAGGACAUGUUUGGCCAUGAGAUUGAGGAUGGUUACCACAAAGCAAUGGAUCAAUUUAUGGCACAGAUUUCAGCCAGUGUUACUAGCUUCACCGAUGACCUGAAAAUACAAACAGACAUGAAAGCUGUUAUUGAGGUUUCAGAAAUGAAAGAAAAGAAGGCAGGAUUAUGUGUUGAAAAGAAAAAGGAAAAUAAAGAAGAGGAGGAGAAAGAAGAGGACUAUGAAAAGACCGAAAUCAGUAUCAUGGAGGCAACCAUGGACAAUAAUGAGUGGAUCACAGAGAGUAACUACCAAGUCCUUCCUUGGUUGGGUCUUUCUGCCUCAUCUUUUGUCCAAGACCAGACAAAAAUCAACCAGCUUCCCACUGAAGAGUGCCAAUACAUCUCUGCUGGAACAGACACCACUUGUAUAGAUACAACAGAUAUUCCACCUUCCACUGAAGACAUUGCUCUCUCCCUUGUUGAGGAAAACACAGAAAAUAACAAAAAGGUUGUGGCAGUCCAGCCCAUGCCCCAGAAUGUCAACGUGACUUUCCGUGUCCAUUAUUUCACCCAGUCGCCAUACCAGACGGUGGCUGUCACAGGGAACCAGCAGGAGCUCGGAAACUGGAAGGGAUUCAUACCGCUAGAGAGGGCCAAGGAUGGGCAUUGGGCCACAGUGGUCAGCCUGCCCGCAGAGAGCAAUGUGGAGUGGAAAUUUGUGGUGCUGGACAAAGGUGAGGUGUGUCGCUGGGAGGAGUGUGGCAACCGCCUCCUUGAUACGGGCUAUGGAGACGACCUGCUUGUGCACAAAUGGUGGGGACUGCUGUAACAGGUGAGGUGAUGGGAAAGUUGAGAUGAGUAUGUACAGUAAGAUUUGGUACUGGAUACUGGACCAGAUAGAAGUCAGGUUUAUUUGUACAGCCUGUUGAAAGACCCACAUGAUGAAACAGUAGAUUGAAAUCACACCUACUGUAGUACUCAUUUGUACUGUACUGUAUCCAAUAUAUUAAACAUCUGAGAUUUGGUAAAUUUAGGGGUAAAACGUCUCCUAGACUUUUAGUCUUUUAGAGCCUAAACUGGGUUUGAUGUCAGUGUAACUAAAUAAACCAAAUAUUACCAAAACUUAACUGGUUCCAGAUUUUGGAGAAUUGGAAGUUGUUUUUUUUCUGUUUUAUAUAAAUGAAAUACAGUUGAGGAGUGUUGGUCAGACAGUACACGCUACUUAAAGAUGUCAGUUUGGGCUCUUACAAGUUGUUCAUUUUUCACUACUCUUUGACAUUUCAUUGAAAAGUUUAUUAGCCAUUAAAGCAAUGUUUCAACAUGUACUUGGCUAACAAGCUAAUCUGAUUCACUGAAAGAAUCUGUUGAAACAACAUUUUUACUACUUUUAAUUUUAACCCUAUUGAAACCAGAUACCUAGAUGUUUUUUGACCUGCAAAUUUCCAACACAAUGAGUACUGGGACAAAACAGUCAUCUAAUGAGACUUUAUUAGGGGAUUAUCCUCUAGUAGCCAGUGAUUAAGGGAUCUUUGAAGGAACUGAAAAGAUUGCCAUCAAAAGACAGUAACAUAACAUGAAUUGUCUUUCUUUUUUCUGCAGCACUAUCUAUGAUUAUGCAAACUGGACCUCUUUAAAAAGUGGUUGAUUUAAUGUGUGUUUAAUUUGUAUAAAUGGAGACUUUAUUAUACUGUCCAUAUACUGCUUGAAUACUCCCCAACAAUCUAUGAGAAUAAAUGCACAUAGUUCACUUUUACUACAGCAAUAAUCAAAGCAAUAAUUGUUCUGUAUACUGUAUGACUGGUGUUAUAUCAGGUAUUCUAAUGUGUUUACCACUCAACUGUGAUAUAGUUGUAACUUUGAUGCUGCUUUUAUCUUGUGGGACAUUGUGCAUGCAAGAUUGCCCAAUUGUUGUUUCAUGAAUGUGCCUUUUAGACAUCUUUUUUCAUUUUUUUCAAUAAUGUGUUUUAAUGCAUCAAAACAGUGUGGCUUGUCUUUUUAAAAAGCAGCUUUGCUGGCCGUCAUUUACUUUGAUUCAUUAAAACCUUUAUGAAUUCCUUAAGGUAUAUUAUAUAUUUUCUCGAAACUGAUGCUGUCAGUAUCGAAUUUAAGUUUAAUUAAAGUGUAGUGUCAAUCAAUGUAGAAUAAUAUUGAUGUCUCAGAUAAUAUCAGAGUAUCUUAUUAUGCAAUACUGUGAUGAUAAUGCUACUAUUGAAUGUCAUUAAGGUGGAAUUGGUUACCAAAUAAACAAAUGUUCUGUCA